AUGGAAGGAGGUUUGAAAACAAAACUGUUGUCAAGUGAAGGUGAAAAAAAUGAGUUACUACUGCAAGACCGGAACUCAGUUACUGCUCUAAGAUUUGAUUUCCUGUCUAAAUUACCUGACAAAGUUCGGUCUGGUUUCGAUCCUGAGGCCCCUUUUCAUCUAAACCUCAGUAAAACUACUGGCUUGAUAGAAGGGGAGAGAGAAUACUAUGAGAAACAGUUUGCCACCUUAAGGUCUUUUGAGGAAGUUGACUCUCUAGAAUCACCGGAUGCGAUUGAUGAAGAGAAAGAUAGAAAAGAACAAGCUCAGCAUGAGAGAGCAAUGAAAAUAUCUAAUUGGGCAAAUACCCUUCUGCUUGCUUUAAAGAUAUAUGCUACACUGAAGAGUGGAUCCUUAGCUAUUGCAGCUUCAACUCUGGAUUCUUUGUUAGACCUUAUGGCUGGUGGUAUACUUUGGUUCACACACUUGUCUAUGAAAAACAUAAACAUCUACAAGUAUCCUAUUGGGAAGUUGAGAGUGCAACCGGUAGGCAUUGUCAUAUUCGCAGCUGUCAUGGCCACUCUAGGCUUUCAAGUUCUUGUCCAAGCCAUAAAACAACUUAUCGAAGACACACCUUCCGAAAAGAUGACUUCAGAAAAGUUGAUCUGGUUGUAUACAAUCAUGCUGACAGCUACUGCCGUCAAACUUGUUCUUUGGUGGUACUGUAGAAGCUCAGGAAACACAAUUGUCCGCGCCUAUGCAAAGGAUCACUAUUUUGAUGUGGUCACCAAUGUGGUUGGCUUGGUUGCUGCUGUUCUUGGAGAUGAAUUCUAUUGGUGGAUAGAUCCAGUUGGGGCUAUCAUCCUCGCACUUUAUACAAUUUCUAAUUGGUCUGGGACUGUCCUAGAAAAUGCAGUCUCUUUGAUUGGACAAUCAGCUCCUCCUGAAGUGUUGCAGAAACUCACAUAUCUGAUCAUAAGGUACCACAAUUUAAUCAGACGUGUCGAUACAGUCAGAGCCUACACCUUCGGGGUCCUCUAUUUCGUUGAGGUUGACAUUGAACUGCCCGAAGAUUUGCCACUGAAAGAAGCACAUGCAAUUGGAGAAUCAUUGCAAAUAAAGAUCGAAGAGCUCCCUGAAGUCGAGCGGGCAUUCGUUCAUCUUGAUUAUGAAUGUGAUCACAAGCCAGAGCACUCUGUUCUAAGUAGGCUUCCCAAAAGCCAUCCUUGA